AUGCCAUAUGUGGCACAUGCUGACUUGACAUUACCACAGGUCAAGGUCAUUGAGGAUCAUGAAGACUUGGGAGCACACGCAAGGCCCUCAAUUCUUGUGCGAAAUGAGCCACCGAUCAUCGACAGCGAGUCAGAAGAGGAGUAUUCAGAGCUUCCAGAGCAGAAAGCACUCCUUUCCAAGGUUGAGGAUGCAGCUCCUGUGUUGUCUACAUGUCAGACGUCUGCACUGUCCGGACCACUCCCUGCUGCGGUGGAGGAAGUUGCUCCAUCGCCACGAUCAAGACUGCUUGAUGCCUUAAGGGCGGGGAAAGAGGAAGAACAUCGAUUGCGCAAUGCCUACGAGGCUGAAGUGGUUCGUGGUGCAGACCUGAGAGCUGCUUUGGAAAUACAGGAGAAGCAUCAUGCAGCCAUUGUUCAGUGGCGGGCAGAGCACCAAAUCGCUGAGCAGGGCCUCGCUGAUAUGAUGCGGCAACAUGAUCGAUGUUCCAUGCGUCUGGAGGAUGAGAUGUCCUUGGCCUGGAGGAUGCUUGAUGGCCAAGAAAAAGAAACGGAGUUCUGUAGUCGGCAAGCAAGAGCUGACGACAAGGAAUCGUAUCGCCUGCGUAUGGGGGGUCCAGUUGCCAACUCUGAGUUGGAGGAGUCUCUUCGGGCUGCUGACAAGGAAGCGAGCGAGCUGUCACAAGAUAUCCAGCGAAGGGAGGAAGCCAUUGCUCACCUUAGCCAAGACUUGCGGAACGUUCUGGAGUACAUGAUCAAAGUGAACAUCCGCGCUGCCGGUGGUUUCGGCAAUCACCUCACAGAAGAGGAUUUUCUCCCAAACGGAGUGCGAGCACACCUAGGUUUGGGCAGCUAUGGAGAGGAGCACCUUGAUCACCUCUUCAGGAGGUACAAAAUGCAAAUGGCAAACGACGCGCUGAGCUCUCCUGCAGAGUCGCUGCAAAGUCAAGUGGCAGAAGCGUUAGACGCGCCUGUACAACAAUCAGAGGAACCUUUGAUGGUGGCUGAGUGUCAGGAUGAGGAUGACCAGAACACAACUGCCUCGUGGCUGGGUGAAGAGAGUGACGAGCGAUACAGGGCUCCUUUGCAGGCAUCACUAGCGCCUCUUCCAGUCUCGGACAUGAAGAUUGUGAUGGAGGGAGCAACAGGAAGCCUUGAAGAAGAAGGCAAGCUUCUGCAAGGAGCAUUGUCAUCAGAGCUCAACAGAUUCACAAGGGUGAUUACAAGGGAUGCUGAGUCAAUCUCACACAAAGGUCCUGCUUGGGACUUGCUGAUUGCAGUGACACAAGGGAACAUUGAGGCAGUCAGGGCAUUAUUGCCAAUGCAGGCACGAUCCCGAACGAAGUGCAAUCCUAUUUGGCAGCAGGCUCUUGAAAAGUUGGGCUGGACACAUUUUCACCUGGCGGCUGUGAAUGGAGACAGCAACCUGAUUGAGUGCUUAAAGGAGGACAUGGUGGACCGGCUCCAACAUCACAGGGUUGCACUUGGAACAGCAACUUCUGGCACUGGUCUGACACCUUUAGGCGUUGCAUGCCUAGCCGGGCAUGUUGAGGCGGCUCAACGAUUGCUUGAGGGCAUGGCUCCUGUUGAUGUGAGAGAUGCCCGCGGCAACACUGCCCUGCACUGGGCCCAAAUGGGCGGAAUUGAGAAGGAGAUGAUGCCCUUGCUUUUGGCCGCAAAGGCAGAUCCUCAGGUGUGCAAUCGAAACGGCCACCGAGCUCAAGUCAAGAUGCUCAUGCAGGUGGCGCCUUCAUUGCAGGAGACAAAUGAGUCAGGUGGUGUGCAUCUUAUCCGUGCUUUGGCUCUGGAACCUGAAGUAAACCUCUCGUUCUUGUCCUACACCCUAAGUAUGCUCAAAACACCUGUGCGGGAUGGUCUUGGCUUUUCGAAGAAUUCUUAUGCCAAAAGGCAGGCGCAGCUGAGCGCAGAUGAAGAGGCCUCCGGAGCAUGGUCAGCGCAUGUCACGAACUACACGCACGCCGGUUUGUGUUCUACUCUGGAGACAUCUGGCGUUUACUCUGACCCAGCGAACUGGAUUCGGAGCAGACAAGCUUUGGUUCUUUCCUGCGAGCGAGUGCUGCUGUUCAAUGCUUCCAGCUGGAGCCUGGAACAAGUGCUGGCGCUCUCUGAGCUGGCAGAACUGGUUCUAUCUUCCCACUGCUCAACCGUGGUGAUUCUUCGCAUGCAUCGCAUGUCCGACAUAGUGCUGGAUGUCCCAACAUCCGCAAGAACACGCUUGAUUGAGGAGCUGCAGUUUGCGACCAAUGCGGUCAAUGAGAGGUGGGGAGGUUCCGAUUUCAGUGGAGGCCUUCGAGUUCAUCAGGAAGGUGAACCAAUCACUGAGCUGUUCGAUCAGAAUCGGAAGAAGGUCGGCUUGCUGGCUUGGUUGGAGGCAAAUGUCUUCUUGUUCCUGCCUUAUGUGCCAACAGCGGCUUUGCUGGCCGGAGAUUCGUUCUUCUUUGGCCAGCUGGAUCUUCGUCAGCACUUUAGAGGCAACGAGUGGGGAUGGCGAUCGUACUAUUUUGCCCUGAAGAGUGGACCUGUCCGGAAGUUGCUGUGGUGCAAACGGCCCACAGAUGAACUGUGUGCCGGGGUUGUUCACGUGAGAGACAUAACCGCAGUUCAGCCGUUGGACACACCUGGGGGUGAGAUAUGCUUGAUUGUGGAGUACAGGGUGAAUGACCGAGACGACUUGCUGACUCUUAGGGCAGCUUCUUUGAAGAGCCGCGAGGACUGGAUCAUCUCCAUCAAAACUAUGCAGAUGUCGCAGAUCUCGCAGAUGCCACUAUCAUCAGAGACCUCGGGCUUGUGA